ACCGUUCUUUGUAAACCCUGGAAAUGGUUGUGGGUGAAAAUCCCAGUAACUGAGCAGAUUGUGAAAUACUCAGACCGGCCCGUCUGGCACCAACAACCAUGCCACGCUCAGAUUAGCUUAAAUCACCUUUCUUUCCCAUUCUGACCUUCAGUUUGGAGUUCAGGAGAUGGUGUUGACCAGGACCACGCCCCUAAAUGCAGGGUGGUAGAGACGUAUGGAGACGGUCGUUCUGAGACAUGAGACUGUGUGUUUUUGGUGAACAUUAAUGCAGGAGUGUGUAAAACAGCUCAUGUUUAAUUAAAAUUAAAUAAAAUAUUUAUUUAACUUGACAUGAAUUGUAAUGCUUGACUGUUGUGCUACAGCCAUGGGAGGAACAUUUUGGGUCCCAGCCAGAUUCUCUGCUUCCCUGCUGCUCUCUCCAUCAUCAUGCUGCUCCUUGCUCUGCCUCUCCACUUGUCUCUCCUUCACUCACCUCCUCCACUUCAGCCUACUUGUCUAAUAUAUUAGCCACAUGUUAGAUUCCCUUCAAUCACCAAUAGGAACGUUGGGAAUAUCACACGUAUCACGGUACAGAUCACUCAGAGGGAACUGGGUCACGAUAAAGAACAAUGAGCAUCUUCAUCUAACGUUACCUCAACAUCUUCCUCGGCUUCCUUCCUCUUCUUCUGAAAAUGCGAGCAGAAAUGAGUCUCGGUGGGAACAUGACCCGACAUGAAGCUGUACGCUGUUACCGAUCUGGAAUUACGCAUUAACGACAGACCACAUUGACUACGUUACUGUUCACAUGUAGCAGCGUGCGUUAGCAUGAAGCUGGUUUUCACAGGUCUGAACUAAAAAUGCCUUCUUCUAACGUAAGGUUCCUUUCUUCCACCUUUUCUCUCCCUGUAGUUUUCUUUAACUCGUGAGAGCAGCGCACCGCACAGAAGCCGGCUCCUUCGCACACGGGGAAAACUGCAGUACUGGUUUUUCAAAUUUAAGGAAGAAGGAAGAGCUCCUGAAGAACUGAGGCCUCCUUUGAACCAGAAGGACAUGGAGCCCCUCAACAUGAAGCAGGAAGAGGAGGAGCAGCUUGAUGAGAUUAAAACUGAUGCCACCAACAUUUCAUUCUCUGCAGUUUCUCAUCAGGUUAAGGAAGAAGGAAGAGAAGUUCUGUUGUCACAGUUUGAUCAGAACCAACCUAAAGACAGAGAUCUUCCAACCAGCAGCACCACUGACCAGAUGAAAGCAGAAAGUGGUAGAGAGGAUUAUGGAGGACCAGAAACUACCAGGAAUCCAGAUGUAAAUCUUUAUGAAUAUGAUUCUAACUCUUCAGAGACUGAAGUCAGCAAUGAUGAAGAUGAUGACCAGGAUGGCAACGAUUCUGACUGUCAACUGAAACUCUUGUCAGAUUCUGAGCCAAACACCAAAGAUCAUAACAAAGACUGGAAGGAGAGCAGGUCUUCUAAAUCACAUGUUAAGGCUGUCAAAUCUUUCAGCUGCCCAGAGUGUGGUGAACAGUUUCUCCAUGAGCGGUCUCUCCAGAAACACAUGAGAGUGACAAGUCAUUCAGGACUGAAGUCUUCAAGCUGUUGUGUUGAUAAGAAACGUGUUAGAGUGAAGCAAAAUGUAGACUCUAGCAGGAAAGUUCAGACAAAACUAAAAUCAUUUAGUUGUGACAACUGUGGAAAAAGUUUCAGCUGCAUAUCAUAUUUAAACAUUCACAUGAGAAUUCACACAGGACAGAAGCCUUUUGCUUGUGAGCUCUGUGAAAAAAGAUUUAGUGAUAAGUCAAAUUUAAACAGUCACAUGAGAGUCCACACAGGACAGAAGCCUUUUGCUUGUGAGCUCUGCGGACAAAGAUUCACACACAAGGGAACUUUACACAGACACAUGAGAGUCCACACAGGACAGAAGCCAUUUGCUUGUGAGCUCUGCGGACAAAGAUUUAGUCAUAAGACAAGUUUAAACAGUCACAUGAGAGUCCACACAGGAGAAAGGCCUUUUGCCUGUAAGCUCUGUGGAAAAAAGUUUAGUCACAAGACGCAUUUUAACAGACACACUAGAGUCCACACAGUACAGAAGCCUUUUGCUUGUGAGCUCUGUGGACAAAGAUUUACCCAAAAGGAAACUUUAGACACUCACAUGAGAGUCCACACAGGACAGAAGCCUUUUGCUUGUGAGCUCUGUGGACAAAGAUUUACUCAAAAGUCAAGUUUAAACUUUCACAUGAGAGUCCACACAGGAGAGAAGCCUUUUGCUUGUGAGCUCUGCGGACAAAGAUUUAGUCAUAAGACAAGUUUAAACUGUCACAUGAGAGUCCACACAGGACAGAAACCUUUUGCCUGUGAGCUCUGUGAAAAAAGAUUUAGUGUAAAGUCAAGUUUUAACAGUCACAUGAGAGUUCAUACGGGACAGAAGCCUUUUGCCUGUGAGCUCUGCGGACAAAGAUCUAGUCAUAAGACCAGUUUAGACACUCACAUGAGAGUCCAUACAGGACAGAAGCCUUUUGCUUGUGAGCUCUGUGGACAAAGAUUCACACGCAAGGGAAAUUUAGACACUCACAUGAGAGUCCAUACAGGAGAGAAGCCAUUUGCCUGUGACUUAUGUGAAAAAAGAUUUAGUGUAAAGUCAAGUUUAACCUUUCACAUGAGAGUCCAUACGGGACAGAAGCCUUUUGCCUGUGAGCUCUGUGGACAAAGAUUUACCCAAAAGGGAAACUUAGACACUCACAUUAGAGUCCACACAGGACAGAAGCCUUUUGCUUGUGAGCUCUGUGGACAAAGAUUUAGCUAUAAGACAACUUUAAACAAUCACAUGAGAGUCCACACAGGACAGAAUUAAUGAACAUAAAUAAAAUAUAUAUUUUGGGACUUCUAAGGGUGUUGAAUGAAAUGUGCUACUGAUCUGGAAGCUUUUUUAACUAAAAUGAAAGGCAGCAGUUUUAUUAAAUGUUGUGUUUUUGGAGAAGAAAAGGUUGAAAAUGAAAUUUUUGUUUGCCACUAAAGUGUUUUAUUAAAUCUCUUUGUUCACUAUUCAGUUUGUUGUUCGCUGUUUCUGGAGUUUAAACGUAAAUGCUGAUGUUUUGCAAAGUGAGAAGGCUCGCCAUCAAAGUCACCAGAUUAAUCCACUCGUGUAAUUAUCUGUCAUGCAAAUAAACCUGAUCAAAAAGUAAUACCUAAAUUAUCCAUAUUGUUUGACAUCCAAAUACAAUUGGAAACUCGGAUUCACAGUUAGCAAAAGUAUAAAUUUGGUUUUCUCAAAAAUCAUACUUUACAGUAUUUCAUUUUUAAUUAGUUUUUUUAAGUAAAUAUUGCUUUCGCGUGUCCUUGAUUGCAUUACCUAACUUAUUCCAUAUUUCAACUCCAUAUAUAGAGACAAAGCACUCCUUUAUAAUUAUUCUGUGCUUAGGUAUUGUAAAUAAUUCAUGUCCUUUUAGUUCAUAUUUACUGUCUUUUUAUAAAUCUAAGUAAAUUUUUAGGAAGGGUUUUUUUGUUUGCAUUAUACAUUUAGAAAUAUUGUAGUCCACUAGGUUUAAUGUUUUUACUUCUUGUAAUGAUUCUUAUUGCUUUUUUUUUUGCAACAUAUAGAUAGAAUUUGUAUAAGUUUUAUAUGUUGUGCCCCAGAUUUCUAUACAAUAGUUCAAAUGUGGUGCAAUAAGUGAAUUAUGUAAAAAAUAUAGGGAGCUAUCAUCCAGUGACCAUUUUACUCUAUGUAACAUUGCAAUUGUUUUAGCUAUUUUAGUUUUCACAUUGUUUAUAUGUGGCUUCCAAGAUACAUUUUCAUCGAUUAUAACUCCCAAAAUCUUUACUUCUUUUACCCUUUUAGUAAAAAAAUGGAAUGCACAAUAUCAACUUCCGGGGUUCCUUUUUAAAAUGUUUUUCUUUUUUUUAUAUUCUCCCUGUGAUUGAUUGAUUUUCAACUGUUAGUUCUAGGAAUUUUGUUGUUUUUCCUUUUUAUCUUUUAUCUCUGUUCUACAUGACUGUCUACGCCGGUUUAAUUAACUAACAUUUUUAGUGUACAGCGCCUUGUUUGGUUGUAAUGCCUUGUUGAAUGCGCUUUAUAAAUAAAAUGGUAUGGUAUUAAUAUCAUCUA